AUGCAAUGGAACGUACCAAAGACUGUAUUCCGACUGGCACAUAGGACAUGCAUGGAACCAGAUAAAGCUGGUCUUUUGGGACACUGUCAAAACAUGAAGGGACCAUUACUUUUGUAUACCUCAGAAUCCAGAGUGGUUUGGGUACAGGGCCCUCAGAAACGAUGGCUGCACUUACCUGCUGCCCAGUGUGUUGCAAAGGAAAGGAAGCCAUUCUUUGCUCACCCACCCCAACCAGGGGUCCUUCAUAAACAGUGGGAGCAGGAUAUCUUAUCCAAGAGGGUUCUGUCAUCCAGUGCUACAUCCCCAGGAACUCCCUCUGAAAAAAAGGAAGAACCUGAUCCUUUACAAGACAGAUCAAUUAGUCUUUAUCAACGAUUUAAGAAAACAUUUAGACAAUAUGGAAAAGUUUUGAUUCCAGUGCAUCUAAUAACUUCUGGUGUUUGGUUUGGAACGUUUUAUUAUGCAGCCAUAAAAGGAGUGAAUGUCGUUCCUUUUCUAGAACUUAUUGGGUUACCUGACAGCGUAGUAAACAUUCUGAAAAAUUCCCAGAGUGGAAAUGCGCUAACAGCAUAUGCCCUGUUUAAGAUUGCAACGCCCGCGCGGUACACUGUGACCCUGGGGGGGACCUCCUUCACUGUCAAGUAUCUGCGCAGCCGCGGCUACAUGUCGACGCCGCCUCCUGUAAAGGAGUAUCUGCAGGACAGGAUGGAGGAGACAAAGGAGCUCCUCACAGAGAAGAUGGAGGAGACAAAGGACAGACUCACUGAAAAACUGCAAGAAACCAAAGGAAAGGUUUCUUUUAAGAAAAAAGUGGAAUAG